UCCGCGGUCAGACCGAGCGCUGGCCACAGUAGCUCAAUAGCUUAGUCAUGAGUAGCUCGUGUGUUUGGGGACAAAGACAACCACUCGACUGCUGGAUAUAAGGGCAGAGUCCGAGCCUGCGAUUAAUUAAUAGUGGAUUAACAUUGCCCGUGUCUGUUUUUGGCCUCUACUUAACGGUGUCAGCGCGGAUUUGUUGAAGAACGGCCGCUAGCUUAGCUCGCUAGCCGUGCUGUGUGUUUUGUGCGGGUUUAAAGGUCCUGUUCGGGUUUGGUACGGAGCUGCCGCUAAACUGGCGAGGUGACCGAUGAUGAAUCGCUUCCGAAAGUGGCUUUAUAAGCCAAAGAGGUCAGAUCCUCAGCUGCUGGCCCAGUUCUACUAUGCAGAUGAAGAGCUGAACCAGGUGGCCACUGAGCUGGACAGUCUGGACGGCAGGAAGGACCCUCAGAGGUGCACCCUGCUGGUCAACCAGUUCCGCUCCUGCCAGGACAAUGUGUUAAACAUCAUAAAUCAGAUCAUGGAUGAAUGCAUACCUGAAGAGCGAGCCAACAGAGACUUCUGUGUGAAGUUCCCAGAAGAGAUCCGCCAUGACAACCUUGCCGGCCAGCUGUGGUUUGGGGCAGAGUGCCUAGCAGCAGGAUCGAUCAUCAUGAAUCGUGAGAUCGAGAGCAUGGCCAUGAGACCGCUGGCUAAAGACCUCACAAGGAGCCUGGAGGAAGUGCGCAACAUCACUCGAGACCAAGCGCUACGAGAUCUCAACUACUACACAGAGCGCAUGAAGGAGGCGCUGCGACACUUUGACGGCCUCUUUGCAGAGUUUGAGCUCAGUUAUGUGUCAGCCAUGGUGCCUGUGAAGUCUCCUAAGGAGUAUUACAUCCAGCAGGAAGUGAUUGUGCUCUUCUGUGAGACAGUCGAGAGGGCCCUGAAGCUUGAGUAUCUUACUCAAGACAUGAUCGACGACUAUGAACCAGCUCUCAUGUUUACAAUUCCUAGACUUGCCAUUGUCUGUGGCCUUGUUAUUUACUCUGAAGGGCCUCUUAACCUCGACCGCAAACCAGAGGACAUGUCUGAACUCUUCCGGCCUUUCCGUACUUUGCUGAGAAAAAUAAGGGACCUACUGCAGACUCUAACAGAAGAAGAACUCAUGACUCUGGAGCGAAGCCUCUGCAUCUCUCAGGAUGGAGAAUUCCCUGCAGGUUCAACCAAUGAUCCAGCCACUUCCACUGGUCCAGAGGGUCCACUAGAAACACUGGAAAAGGACAACGGAGUUGAGGAAGUUGUGGACCUCACACUCUUCGUCACCCAGGAAGAAGAUUCUGUAUGGAAGGAGGAAAAAGAGAAGAAGGGACCGGCAGAGUCCUCUAGCGAGAGCGAGGAGGAGGAGCCCACUGAUGUCGACUUGGCUUGUUCCAUGCAGUACGAUGAAGAAGAGAUCGAGCAACUUAAUAUGAUGGUGCAUCAAGUAGAAGACGAAAUGUCUACACUGCUUUCCCCUCCGAGUCAGAAUCAGUCCCCAGCUCACCGGCCUCGACCCUACAGGGGAAGCAGUCUUGAAGGUUCCAGUGCCACCUCCAGCACACAGGCGUCCCCAAGGAGAGCCCCGGGAUCAUACCAUGAUGAUGACCGGGUGUUCUUCAUGGACGAUCUGGAGUCUGGUCUUACUAGUGAGCUCUGCCGUGGACAACUUCCUCUUCCUACCGUAUGCCUCAGAUCCCCCGAGGGAUCCCACAGUAGACCUGACGCAUCAUGUAAUGGUUGGUUGACAGUGUGCCAAUCGAGCGACGCAACUAAUUUGGGUUGUCAGCACAAACUGAGCCAAUCGACUGAGUCCGUUGGAAACUCCGACAGGGUGGUGAACGGAUGGGAAGGAUCGCAGGAUGAGGAUAGCGUACAGACUGCUGAAGAAAUUGCCAAUCGUACCGGUGGAAUGAAGCUGUCCGCCACGGUUAUUUUUAACCCCCAUUCCCCAAGCUUGAGCGAUUUGGCCGUGGUCUUACCCAAAUCAGCUGAUGUUCCUGAAACUGGCGAUGGCGGGGCUUUGGUCGCCACUCAGUGCCUCCUUAACUCCUGUGUGUGCUGUGCUGGCGGGUGCGUCGACAACCACGAGGAUGCCAUUGAACCUGCUGGCAGGAGCAUGGCGCUGGGAUUCGAGAAGCACAAGCUGACCAUCACGAGCUCUGUCAUCCAAACGGCUGUUGCUGCUGGCAGCCCAGGGAAGGGAAACGGACAUUUGCCACUCACCCUGCCCCCCUCUCAGGGUCACCUUACCCAUUCUGUGCCAAACUGCUCAGUGCAGAACCAAGCGAGAGAAGAUGAGAGCAGUCAGGACGGUAUCCACUAUCCCUGCUGCGAGAAAUACAGCCCGGGGGUUCUUCUGGCUCAGGACAGAGGCUCAGGACAGGAGGGAGGGCCUAGUUGCACCCAUCAGGACACGGGAUGCCGAACACAACAUAAUGACACAGUAAAAGGGAGAUCGGAAUGUUUUGGAAAACAUUGCAAAGAUGAUAACCGGAAGAUAAAUAGCAGUUCUCAGGAGUCCCCCCUCAGUUCUGUCCCCAGCAGUGACAUUGAUGGUGUUUCUGUUACUACAUGCAGUUUGUCAAGUUCAUAUGCACCCAGCCCCGUCAGUAGUCUGACAACGAGCUCGGACAUGUCUGAGGACCUGGAUCAUCAGGAGAUUCAAGUGGCUUUGCAAGCUGCCAAACUUGCUGCCCACAACAAAAUUCGUUCUCGUUUCCAUAGCAGUAGUGACCUCAUUCAUCGUCUUUUCGUCUGCAUAUCAGGUGUAGCAGAUCAGUUGCAAACAAACUAUGCGAGUGAUCUGCGAAGCAUCUUAAAGACUCUGUUUGAGGUCAUGGCUACGAAAUCAGACCAAGGGGACAAUGAGAAGCCCAAGAAAGGUCCAUGUCUGGGCAGUGCAGUGCUGGAAGACUGUGCUCUCUGUCAGGAGACCAUCUCUUCAUCAGAGCUCGCUGCCAAAGCCCGAGAGGGACAGUUUGAAGACCCUCCUGAAUGGGUGCCGGAUGAGGCCUGCAAUUCCUGCAUAGCAUGUAAAGCACCAUUUACAGUCAUCAGAAGAAAGCAUCACUGCAGGAGCUGUGGAAAGAUCUUCUGUUCCCGCUGCUCAUCACACUCAGCCCCGUUGCCUAGAUAUGGUCAGAUGAAGCCGGUGAGAGUUUGCACUCACUGCUACAUGCUCCACGUUACGCCUUUCUACAGUGACAGGACUGGUAUCUGACAAACACACACAAACAUAACACACACAGAUGUAAGCACACUACCAUGAGGUUUGAUUCCUUAGCCAGAAAAGACAUGCACAUCAUUUUCAUCAUCAUCACCAUCCAAAAAAACUAUGUAAAUAUGAACACUAAAUGCAAUCACUACAAAGCGAAAAGGAAAAGAAAAAGCCUCGACCAGGGAACAAAAUGCGAGAAGGACUCUAAUGGAUGGUUGGGAAAUGCCUCAAGCACACAAGGAAGUACCCAAUCGCUGUGGGAGCUAAAGUAUUUAUUUAGGGCUUUGCUUUUAAUGAGCUUAAUUACAAAUUUGCUUUAAUCGAGCAUGGAACAAUAGGGCUAUUCUGUAAAACAGAAGCACACCCGAACAAGUUCAAGAGAAGAAAAUAAUAAUAAUAAUACAGCUUGUUAAUGGGAUUUUGUGUGGCAGUAAUUGUGGCUUUAUUAGUGCUGGAGGUUCCACGGGCUCAGAUUUCCAGAGUGAAUGUAAACUGUGAGCACAUUAUAAAUAUGAGAAUAACAAAACUGUGACAUAUAUGAAGACAAUAAUGCUAACACUAACUGCACCAUCAGUGACACCUUUGUGGCACAAUAUAGCACAGAUGUUUCUUUUAUUUAAUGUUUUAAUUUAGAAUAUAAUGCUGCUUUCUGUAAAACAGAAGUGAAAUUUGAAGAUUUAGUUGAAUGGCCAAAAACAGAGGUGUGUGUGUGUGUGUGUGUGUAUGCUAAAAGUUUGAAAUGGAUUUGUAUCUUCCAAAAGAGAAGAUUUCUCUCAUAUUCCUCAUGCAAAUGAAUGUGCAACAUCUGGAUGUUCUUUAUUUCCCUUUUCUGUACAUUCUGUUAAACUGUAAUUGCCUUUUACAGCAGUUUGGGAGCCUUCUGCUUUUCCCUCUGGUACAACAGAACACUUUAAACCCCCCUACCUCGUCCCUCUUGACCCCUUUCACAUGGUUCUGUCCUGCUUCAUUUUGCCUACAAUUUCAGAUCUGUCGAUCUGCAUCGUCUUCUACACUGAGGCAGAUGCCUUUGUUUCUCUUUGCACACUUUUAGUUUUGUUGUUUUGUUUUUGUUAAUGAUAUAAUGAUCAACUUCUACUUUUAUGUGUAGAAAGUCAAUCAUAUUACUGUAUGUAGAUGAAAAUUGGUGAAUUUAUUUUUUUUUUCUCCACAAAACCUGAUGAGAAUAUGAAGUCUAAAGGUGUGUUCACAUCUGACAGGUUUCAUUUCAGGAAAACAAACUGGUGAGAUUCAUUUGAAAAGAAAAAAAGUUUGCCCAAGAAUGAAAAUUGUUGAAACUGUUCAUUUUUAUUGAGAGUAAUUGGGAAAUUUUAUAAAUUCUAAAUGUGAAUUUAGAAAUCUGCUUUCAAUUAAUCAUCAUUCACUUUUUCCAAACCUGUGUUCAUUUCUUUCUUCUUUUGGAUGCAAAAUAUAUUUUUAAUAACAUUGGAAACCAUAUGUAGGUCAAUGGCCAGUGGUUACUGGUUUGGUUUCCAACAUUUUUCUAAAUGUUUUGCAUUUGACCAAAAAUGAAAACACUUCUGGUAAGUUUACCCAAAAACUAAAAGUCUGUCGUCGUUUACUCAUUCUCUACUUGUUCCAAACCUGCUUGAGUUUCUUUCUUCUGUCGAACACAAAAAAAAAUAUUCUGAAGAAUAUUGAAAAAAAAACAGCCAUUGACUUCUAUAGUAUUUUUGUUCCUACUAUAAAGGUGAAUGACUCCUUUUUCCAACGUUCUUCAGAAUAUCUUCCUUUUGUUUUCAACAGAAUAAUGAAAUUUUGAAAAGUUUAGAACCACUUGCGUGUUAGUAAAUGAUAACAAAAUUUUCAUUUUUGGGUGAGCUAUCCAAUAACUUUCCAUUUUUGGGUGAAAUAUCCCAUAACUUUCCAUUUUGGGUGAAAUAUCCCAUAACUUUCCAUUUUUGGAUGAACUAUCCCAUAACUUUCCAUUUUUGGGUGAAAUAUCCCAUAACUUUCCGAUUUUGAGUGAAAUAUCCCAUAAUUUUCCAUUGUUGGGUAAACUACUCCUAAGUGACAAUACUUCUAUUUAAAGCUUGGUGUUCACCAAAUAAGCAGUCAGAGACCACUAAAAAAAAGCAUCUCAAUUCACUUCCAGGUGCAUUCUGGGGUGAUUUGUCUGAAAUAUGAACACAACACAUCCGUGACAUCCUAAACAACCCAAAAGCAGGACAUGAUGUCACAAGAUAUGGCCAUCAAGAUUACAAAAUGUUUUGCUUUUUGUCAUAGUCUUAAUGUUUCACAUUACAAUUCACACAUCAUUGCUUUGGAUGUCUAGUGAGAAAAAUAUACAUCACAAAGGUGUAUCAUUAUUUCAAAGGAUCUUAAAUAAUCAAAAUUGAAAAUUCUGUUAUUAAUCGCUCAUCCGCGAUACCGUCUCAACCCCCCGAGACCUUGGUUCUUCUUCAGACCACAAAUGAAGAUAUUUUUGAUUAAAUCAGAAAGCUCCCUCAUCCCCUAUAGACAGCAACAGGACGUUUUUUGUAGCACAAAAGUGCUCAUGGAACUUCGUAUGAUUGCAGUUGAACCACUGAAGACACGUGUCUGUUUCGACAAUGUUUUUGGUUUUUUUUUCUGUACUUUGAACAUCUAUGGACCAUUGCUGUCUAUGGAGGAUGAGGGAGUUCUCAAAUUUAAUCUAAAAAUCAUAAUUUGUGUUCUGAAGAUGAACGAAGGUCCCGAAAUUAUUGAAAUGACAUGAGGGUGAGUAAUUAAUAACAAAAUUUUCUUUUUUGGGUGAACUUUCACUUUAAGAACCAAUAAAACCAAAACUACAAGUGUGAACACACCGCAAGACUGAUUUUGGACCUCACAACUGAUUUUAGAAGUUGCAGUAUUAUCUCUACUAUCAUACGCAAGUGAUAAACUACAUAGUUUUCAACACUAAACAAUCCUAAUGACACUAAAUAGAGUGAAUUACAUCAUUUAUUGUCAUGUUUAUUUUGCCUUUUGAUCACAUUCCUUUUAUUAUUAUAAAUCCUAGGGAUCCAAAGCCACAAUGUUUGCAUGCUUUAUGUGAAGCGACAUGUAUUGAGUUGAGCAUGACCGGUUCUAGCAAUACAAGGUGGUUUUAUUCUGCUGGUUGCUUGAUGCUUAAUACUUGCCUCUUUCUGCCUCAUUACCCUUUAACAUAGUGUUAAAGCUGAUCAUUCCUGUUUUGAAAUCCCGUUUCUUGACUCAUACUGCUGCAUUUACAGAACAUUGUCUACAAACACUUUAAAACAUACUGCAAUUUUGUAAUACUAACUAUAAUCUUUACGUUUUCCCUUAGGAUUAUUUUGGAAUGGCAGGGUAGUUAUAUUUUGGUUGACAUGGUAAAUUAGCAGAUUUUGCAGUAGUUAAAUCUCCAAAUAGUAGAGUUGCUUUUGAUCAGAUCUCGAUCGAUUUACUUUGACCUUCAUAUAUUGUUCGCAUUUAGUCAAAUUAAUAGGGUCUAGUAUCAUCAGUAUUGGGAUAAAUACUUGGAGUCGAUUUGCAAAUGCACACCACUAAAAAUACUGCAGAUAUAGCUUUAGGACUUCUUCUGGAUUGAUAUGAUGUAGUCUUAUAUAUGUUUUUCUCCUCCCCCUAUCUUUAUUUAGUGGUACGAUCAAGUAGACAUUUAACCGAAUGGAACAAUUCUGUCGUUUUUCUCAUUGCUUCCUGUUUUGAUAUCACGACCGUUCCUCAGGAAUGUCUUGAUUGUAUGUAGGGAUUGAUUUUUACAGCUACUCUUGGAAUGUAUUUUAAGUUGUAAGCGAAGACUGCGAAUCAGCCAAAAGUCGAACGCUUCCUCAGAUGGCAGGUUCAGCGUCUGCAGACUCCACUUCCAGCCUGUCGUCAUGCGAUUUUUAAGCUCACUCUCUGAUCUGUUCCCUCUUCCAAUUCUCAUUAUUCACUUUUGUUCAGUUUUUGUUUGUUGCGAUGUUGUUGUUUUUUGUAUUAAUUGAAUAUAGGAUAUGAGUCUUUAAAAUUAUACAGAUGUUUUAUUUUACAGAGAACAAAAAUAAUAAUAAUAAUUAUGAAAUUAUAUAUGUAAAAAAAUUACUUUUUUCUGUAUAAAGAGAAUCACAACGAGAGAAUUAACUCUAUUUAUUCAAAGCUUGUUCUUAUUUUGUAAUGGCCGGUUCAGUCGAAUAAGAUGUAAAGAACAACUUUUCAAAGUCUGAGUAUUUAUGUCAUGCUACGAAAGUAAUAAAUGAAGUUUUCUUUACAUAACCCAAGGUCUCUGCUGUUUUUCUUCUGUGUUCAACGCAAAAUGCAUUGCCCUAUUAUAUGCUGAUCUGUGUGUGUGUAUUUACUCAAGCAAACUGACUUCUUUCAUCCCAGUGGAAAUCACACUUAAACUGUCUGAAUCAGUUAGUGCUUGUAUAUAGUGUCACUCACCAUAUAUGACCCUG